AUGCUAAAGUUGAAUGACAAGAUGUCUCAAGAAGACAAGAUCUUCUACAUGAACUCACCAGUGGCUCCUACAUCUAAGUCUUGUACUAAGCUGAUGACCAUACUUACUGCUGCAAAGAAACAUAAUCGGGUUCCUCUCACUGUCACUCCUUUUAUGCUGGAACAGUUCAAUGCACAGUUACAGCCAUAUCAGCUACAAGUGGCACUACCUCCUCAACCACUGCAACAACUUCAACCAGGAGAACCACUUCCACCAUUUCAACCUCAACAAGAACAACCUCAACAACAACCAGAACCACAAGAGAUGCAACAACAACAUCACAUUCCACCACUUCUUCUCAUCCAAGACUACCAAUCCUCUAGCCAAUCCUCACACUACUCUCCUCACCAAUCACCUCUACAUCACCCUUCACCACCACCUGAAACAGAACCACCUCAACACAACUUCUUCCCUGUACAACAAUCAUCUAUCCUUCCAUCACAAUCUGAACCUACACCCUCAAAUGUCCAAACACAAUACUUCCCCCAAACACAAUCAACCUCUCAGCCACUGCCAGCUGAUUCUGACAUCGACAUUGAGCUACAGAACUUUCGUGACGACUUACAGGUAGCUGAGGUACUUUCUAACUUUUCAUCUAAUUUUACUGUUGAUGUAUUAGAUUAUGUUUGUGAAAUUGGUUUUGUGUGUCAGACUACCAGCAUUGAACCUGAAAACACCCAAGUUCAUAACCCAGCUGAUGAAUUCUUUUCAACCUCUGGUUCUUCGUCAAACACUUCUACCAACACUACUACACCUGUUGUUAAGAAGGUAGCCCGGAAACGGAGUGGGAGUGCUAUGAUUCGUGAACCCGCAGCUCUGUCUCAUAAGAAGCUAAGGGUGGAUGAACCUGAGACAACUGCAGCCACAUCCAUUUCCUCCCAAAAGGAUUUGGAUACUGAAAUGGUAAAUAUACAGUCUCUAGAUUCAUUCUCUCAACAGGAUGCGUUUAUUGAAAUUUGCCGUCCUACCGCGGUACCCUGUAAAGAGUCAAGCACAUCACUAGCACUCACGCUAGUAAACACUCAACCUGAUCCUUUUGUUACUACACUUAAUGAGUGCACAGAUUUUCAAAACAUGUUUAAUGAAAACUUUUCUGAUCACUCUUUCUUUAUUGAUCAGGGACUACUUGGUACUGGUGACGGUGUGAUAAAUACGAGUGAAGAAAGGCAAACACCGAGCGAAACACAUGCACGUGAGAAUAGAGAUCAUUCUUCGAGUGUUCGUGAGGUGAGUGCACACACCAACACGGAUCUGUUACAGGAACAAAUGGCUGCCCUCAGAGCUGAAUGUGAAAGACUUCUUGCUGAAAAUGCUAAGUUGAAGAGUGGAGAGCUAGUCACUCUACAGAAGCAAGUUGCUGAUACUUCCUACACUUCUCUACAAAGGAAAAUGGACGAACAUGUCAAGGGUAUUUACUCUCGGAUUGACAAGAAUCAUGAGCUUUGUAUGUCAAAACUUCAUAGCGUGGAGCAAACAUUGGCCCAGGUUGUUGAUUUUUUGAAGAUUCCUAAGUCUACAGCUCAGUCAACUCCAGAGGAUCCCUCAACUAAGGGGGAGAAGGAUAAGGACAAAGAUCAGGAGGAUAAGGGUGGAGCAAGCAAAGGGAAAGAAAGUUCAAAGUACUCUUCUGAAGCAGCUAAUCAUGACAAGUCUAAAGGCAAAAUGCCUGCAUCUGAUGACAUCUUCUCUAAUCAAGAUUAUGAUAACAUUCCUGAUGAUGUUGCUGAUGAUGAUGCAUUUGAUGCUGCCUACUUCCAAGCUGAAGAAGAAGGUCAUUUUGAGGAAAGAUUUUUAUUCACCGAGCAAGAGCCUAUUGACCCUGAGCACUUGGAAAGGGUUCAAAAGUUUAAAGCUGAACAUGAAGCUAGCAAGGCAAAGCUUCGUGAACUACAAAGGCUGGUGGAUGAAAAGAAGAUUACUGAUGAGCAUAUCAAGUUGGAGAAACAGAAACUUUGGGAUGCUGCUUGUAAGCAGAAGAAAGAAGAUAUUGCUCGGAAAGUUGGAGAAAGCUGGGACAUCGCAAGGAGGAUCUUCUCUGGACCUCAAAGGGAACCUUUUCAAGAUAAAAAGUUCAAAUCAUUCAUAUAUGAUUUAAGAGAGGUAAACCCUAACGAGGAUAUGUUUAUGCGUGCCUUUGCUUUUGAAUUAGAUUAUAUAACUGUUGGCGUCAGGAAUCUCCUCGAUCAAUGGGAGAUUAUCAUUUCUACUCAUAGAAACGGGACAUUCAGAGUUUCAGUUGAUUCGUUCAAGUUGUUAUCUCUUACUGAAAUCUGGGUGGCUCGUAACAAGAUCCGACGCAGUUCGAAUCUGAAUGAACUCCUUCGUGACCGACUUAUGGAAUAUGCUGUUCAUAAUAGUCCACAAGUCGUCAGAAACCCAUACUGUGUAAAGUUCAUUCACGAGAGCAAGUUUGGAACCUUCUACUUGGACCAUCGACAUCUUCAGAAAUAUGGUGUUAAUCAGAUGGUUCUUGUAUCUACUUUUCUGCGUACCAAGGGCUUCGCUUCGAAAGCCAAAGCUGAUGCUGAUGCUGAGAUUGUGGCUUACUGCACAAAGAGAAAGGUACAUCACUACUUCAGAAAGAUGAAGUAUAUCAACCCAACUCAGCCAUCAGACUUUAUCGAAGACCCUGUGGAUACAGAAGUUCAGUACCAGCUGUCCUUGGCUCGAGAACGAAAGAAGCGUGGUGAAUCCACCAUAUCUGAAGAGCCUACUCAGGAUGAGCCGUCUACUCCUAUUAUUCAUGUGUCAGAUAUUGAAGAAGGAGAAGUCACUCGCUCUGAGUGA